UUUCGAACGUGAUCACGCUUGAGCACACAUAAGAUAGACAGUCCUGUACACUGACUUAGCGGUGUCGGAAUUAUCAGUUUACAACUCAUGAAAUGGCACAGUUUUUCAAUCAUUUGCAGGUGAAAACAGGAAAGCUUCCAACUGUAAUGGGGACAAAGUAACUCUCAUCUGAACAAAGAUCGACAAAGACAGAGAAAGAAGAAGAGAGAGAGAGAGAGAUAGAGAGCACCAAAGAUGAAUACCUCCGAGGAGAGUGGAGAAUGGACUAAUCCAGAUGGACAGAAUGAUAGAAGUAUGGAUGAUGAGGAAGAGGAGGAAACUGAAGAAGAACAUGAAACUAGCUCUGAGAUAGAGGAAGAUUAUUCGGUUGAAGAAGAAGAGGUUGAAGAAGAGGAUGAGAUGGAAGAUGAAGUAGAGAACUCAAGAUCUGAAUCAUCACCUCACAUGCACAUCAAUGGUCAUGGGAACAAUGAUGAAAAUGAUCAUGAUGAGGAUGACGAAGAUGAGGAUGAGGAGGAUGAUGAUGACAGUGAAGAGGAGGGUGCAGAUAUUGGAGUUAAAGAAGAUUAUCAGAGCAAACAGGUACAACAGAACCCUAUCCCUCAGAAUGGUAUCCAUGGAGGAAACCCUAAGAUGACCUCAUCACCAAGGGAACAUCAUUUUGUAACCAGGCAACGGGAUGCGGUCCCAGUGAAGCAGAAUGGAAACAUGGUUGCUAGGCAGGAUGAUGGUGAUGAGGAGGAGGAGGAAGAGGAGAUUGAGCCUGGUAUUAUUGGGCCUCUUCAUAUAGAUCAUGUUGACUUUAUCUUGGAUAGCAUUGAUGCAGAGCUCAGUGAUCUUAUUACCAAGAGUGACCGUGGUUCACCAGAAGAGAGGAAGAAGAAGAAUCUUACAAAAAAGAAAACAAGUUCCAUCAAAGUCUCAGAGGGCGCACUUCAAAACGGGCCUCAAUCAGCCAACACCACGAUGGAGACCACCCUAUCUCAGGAUCACCAGGUUCAGCCAAACGGGAGAUACGGGAUGCUUCCAGUCAGAAAAAAAACCAAGAAGACGGGAAAAGGAAGGAUGAAGACAAGGAGUCAGCCAUCUUUAGCAUCCCCUCCAAAAUUAAGGAUCAACAAUUUCAGUAUGGAUGAUUCAGUUGGAACCAACAGUGAUGCAGACUCCAUCACGGCAGAAGAGGUCAGGAGGAGGGUCGUCCAAUCUCUGCAUCAACAAGAAAAAUCUAGAAGCAGUUCCCUGCCACCCCAUAAUCAACUCACAUGUAGCCAAGAGUAUCAUUUAGCUACCACCCCAGCAACUAACCACAACAGCAACAUUAACAGUAGCCCUUUGCAAAGUCCACCAACAACUGCCGACAACAGUCCAAACGCUAAGACUGCUGAAGUCAACAACAAUGAGGUUGAAACUCGGAAAAGGAUGACAGGGGAAACGAAAAAGGGAAGGACUAAACCUGUUGGAAAGACUCAAGAAGGGAGAAAGAAGAGAAGCAGUGUUUCUAGUAAUUCCAGCAAGCAAUCAAACCGAAAGGUUCCAAGCAGCGAACCUGCCUCGUCGACGCUGCAGCAAGGGUCUCCCGUCAGUGAUGUUUCUGGUGCUUUUGGUUCGCGAGGAGAUGGUAGUAAUCACAUCGUGAGGUUAAGAGAUAUCUUGAACCAUUAUGGUGAUGUCGGUGAGGAACCAGAGAAAGCAGCAUCACUGGCAACGGAUUACCUAGUCUCACAAGCAGCUGGAGUACGGAACAUCAGCGACUUAGAAUCAGUAGCUACUGAAGACUUUGAAUCAGCCUUCCAGAAGUUUGCCAUGCCUGACUCUGCGAGGAGCCACCGAAGUAAAAGACAAGGGAAGGCAAAUCUAAAGCAGGGAAAGAAUUCAAAGCCAGUCAAUGAAUCAGCCGCUCAGCAACUUCAGAGAGUGAAGAAGAGCACAUCAGAGGAUAAAAAGAUGAAAAGGACUGUUUCGGCGCCCCCUGUUGAGCCGAGUGGUCUGCCAGAGUACAUGUACAUGCACAAAGAGGUAUCAGAGAAUGACGUUGGAGGAGACUCCAUGAUUACAGAGGAUUAUGAGGCUCAUUUUCUAGCUAUCCCUCUCAAGAAUAUUCAGACAGAGCACCCUGGCGUGACUCCAAAGAAGAGUCCAUCCCGCUCUCGCAGGAAAGGUAGCUCCAGAGCUCGUCAGACCCAGCCCCAGAGCGACCCUGAGUCGGUCCAGACCGAAGACUACGAGAAGCGGUUCCAUUCCAUGAUGGUCAGACGUCUGGCCGGUGUACCGCUUUGCAGCUUUGACUCAGUGACCAUCCAGAGUGACCUAGAUUCGGUCAAGUCGCUGGACAUCAAGAAGAAAUUCAGGAAGGCGAUGCAUAAACAUGAAAUUUCAGGUACCUCCAGCAUUGAAGAGGAGGAUAUUCAAAGGUCAAAGGUUACACCAAGGUCACAUAGGUCAAAGGGCAGUCGGUCAAGCAGUCUCCAGUGUCAGUCUUCAGAGUUGCUCAAAAUGAAAGCAACAAUGCAACAAACCAAGAAAGGUAAUCCUCAGGUCAUGCAUCCACACCAUCCCACAAUGCAUCUGACUUCCCCUGCCCUACACCAUUCAAGUAUGCCCAACCUCUCCACUGCUGUAUUACCAGGGCAUAGCCAUCCCUCCGUCCAGCCACAGACCUAUGCACCACCCCCACCAAGGGACAAGUGGAGGAGUCCACCCAGGGUCAGCCACUUAGAAAGUCAGCCCAGUCCACUUAGAAAAAGGUAUGUAGUGACUUGAAACUUCAUGCUUUAGAGUUCAUUUAA